CGACCCAACCCUGAUACAUGGCGGUUUCGGCCUUUCGGGCGUCGAAAUUGGCAGGCCCAUUUGAGGGUUCAUUCUUCCUCUUCCUCUCCACAGUUCAGCAAGCGGCAAGCCACCAUUGCCCGCAGAAAUCUCAGUCACAAUAGCCGGCACGACUCUCAAGUCUCAGCUCUCCGGUUCUGAUUCUUUUGCGAUCUCUGGUUUGCUGCUUGGAUUGUAAAUUGUCGACUCUGGUAAUUCGACAGACUGUUUUUCCAAAAUGUUCAAUGGAAUGGGAGGGGAUUCUUUGGACAAGCUCGGGGCUCUCCGAAUUGCUUCGCUUGACGAGGAGGAAGAUGAUCAAGUAAACGAAGAUGAAGAUGAAGAUGAAGGUGACUUUGACGAUGAUGAUGAUGAUGAAGAUGCAGUCCCUGUAACUCUAGGUUUUUUCGAAAAGCCUAGGAAUAGCUGGUCCCUUCUUCGUCAGCUAUUUCCAAGCAAGGCUGGGGGUGUUCCAGCUUGGUUGGAUCCUACUAAUUUGCCUUCGGGAAAGUCUUGUCUCUGCGACAUUUGUGGAGAGCCUAUGCGGUUUGUGCUUCAGGUUUACGCACCACUCUCUGAGAAGGAAUCUACAUUUCACCGCACAUUAUUUGUAUUUAUGUGUCCAUCAAUGGCAUGUCUCCUCCAAGACCAACAUGAGCAGUGGAAACGGAAAUCAGAAAAUGCUUCUCGAAGUGUGAAGGUUUUCCGUUGCCAACUGACCCGCUCAAAUCCUUUUUACUCAAGUGAACCUCCAAGGCACGAUGGGACUGACAAACCUUCUAGGGUUGGAGCCUCUCUCUGUAAUUGGUGUGGUACAUGGAAAGGAGAUAAAGUUUGCAGUAGUUGUAGAAGAGCACGUUAUUGCUCAGAGAAACAUCAGACUACCCAUUGGAGGUCAGGUCAUAAGAUUGAAUGUCAACAAUUGAGCUUUUCUCCUCAGACUCCUAGCACUGGGCCAAUUAACAGUUCGACAGAUAUCCAAAAAGUUGCAAGCAAGAACAUAUGGCCUGAGUAUGAGAUUGUAAAUGAGGAUGAAUGCGAAUAUGAUGCAGAGAUGUCUGAAGACAAUGGCUGUGCCAAUUCAUUGGUUUCUGGGAGCCGAAUGGAUGAGACUGUCAAGUCAUUGAUGGACAACUUUGAGGGUGAUGGUGACAAAAAGAGUUGGGCUUCCUUCCAAGAGCGCAUUUCCAGGGCCCCUGAGCAAGUGUUGAGAUAUUGUAGAAAUGAUAGUGCUAAACCACUGUGGCCUAUGUCUAGUGGUCGACCACCCAAGACUGACAUUCCCAAAUGCAGCCAUUGUGGUGGCCCUCGGGGUUUUGAAUUUCAGAUUUUACCGCAGUUGCUUUAUUACUUCGGGGUGCAAAAUGAGGCAGAUUCGCUUGACUGGGCAACCAUUGUUGUUUACUCAUGUGAAGCCUCCUGCGAUGGUGGGGCUGUUUACAAGGAGGAAUUUGCUUGGGUUCAGCUUGCUUCUCAAUCUGUUGCUGUUCCUUGACGAGAGAUGCAAUUUUACUGUUUUUCAUACCUGGCAAGAAGAAGAAGAAGCCGUUCCUCAUCCGUCUCCUUCCUAUUCACAAUGAGCAAUGCUUUUUAUAUCUUCCCAACUUUUGGUGCACCGCGUGGUGAUUUUGGAAGAACAUUGACUGCCCUAUCCUUCAAAUUAAAUUAUACCCUCUUUUUUUGGUCUGUAUAAAAUUUGGCGGUGUUUAUUUCGAGACUCAGAUAUAUUCAACUUCUUGUAAGACGUGUCAGAAACGUCUUCAAUGCAGAAGAAAGAAAACGAUACAGGUGGGUACUAAAAUGGGUAAAAGGCCUUUGCUAUUUGGAUAGAAUUUAUAAGGAUAUAAUUCUCCUUUUUUGUCAUUUUAAUUAUUAUUGUUAGGAUAAUGAGAAAUUUUGUUUGCAA